AUGAGUAUGGUGACACAUGCGGUGAUGGGGAAUGAAAUGGACGAGUUUCAAUUGUACAAGUUCCAGUUGGAUGAGAUGUUGGUAGAGAAGUACGUGGAUCAGUCUUUACUUUUGGGAUUUCACAGUGUGGUACUUUCUAAAUUCCAAACAGCAAUUACAGACGAUUUCCAAAAUUAUUUGGUCCAAGUUCUCUCUGAGGGUAAAAGCGCAGAUGAAGUCGAGUUUACAACAAGAGAAUAUUUUGUUAGACUAUGGACAGACUUCCAUUACCCCAUCAUAAAGUUUUUUCAACAUCAACAUUGUAUUUUGUAUAAUUCAAAUGUUCAACUAUUUGAACAAUCAAGGAAAGAUCCUCAGGUUAAAUUUAAGGUAAAGCCUGUGGAAAUGAGGAAACUCAAUGAUAACUUCAAAAAGUUUAUCAAACAAAUUUACCAGUUCUAUUUUCAAUUUUUGAAACAUUGGACAACUCUGUACAAGCACCGUCUUGUACAAGCCAAAUUAUUGAGGCAAUUUGAUUUCACAAUGCUGGAAUCACCUAUCAUCAUCAAAGAUAGAACUUUGGAAGCAUAUAUUGCGAUUUUGAUGCAUCGUUGCUUACUUACGUUGGGUGAUAUAUCGCGCCAUCGGGCGUUCAUCGACUUAAAUUAUACUAACCCUUCGAUGACGAAUCGUGACUUUUUUAAAUAUAAAGAGUUACCUUCUCAGAAGAAGUUGAAGUUAAUGAAACCCAGUUAUGAUCCGGCCUUACAAUUCUACGACAUGUCGAUCUUGUUAUUGCCGGCUAUCAACGAACCUUAUAAUCAUAAGGCGGUCAUUUGUAAUGCCAUGGAUUGCAAGUUUCAAGCUUGCUAUUGGUUCCUUAGAUCACAGUUUACCAGGGCCAUGGAUUACACUUUAGGCCGAAACAACUUGAAUUCCAUUCUUAAAAAGAAAUGGUUUGUAUCUCGUUUGUAUGGUAUUUUUGAAGAAGAUAGUACUUCUUCUGAUACCAUUGACGAUUUAAACGUCAUUCUUAUAUGUUUAGUUGGGUACUUUUAUAUGCCCAAGGUGUAUAAGCAUGGUCCCAACAUUGUUAAGAACCUCAAGUUUAGUAAAGUUGAAGUUGAGUUCUUUAAAUCAAUCCAAUCAAACUUCAGUAAAUUGAUUGCUGACAGAGAUUUCUUUUUGGAUCAGUUUUCAUGUUUAAUUAUGUUUGAAAGACUUAUGAAAACUGACUGUAAUGGAACUAUGGAUGGUUCCGAUCAAGAACAUUUUGACGGUGGAGAUCGUGAGAAAAUAGUCAAAUUUAUCUUGCGGUAUACUGAGUGUAUUCUUGAUUUGUUUGGGAAAGAGCAAGUUACUGUGGAUAUGAAGGCCAAUCCUCUAAUGACAGUGAGACUUGUUUUGAGCUGGUUGAAAGUCAAUCGUUACUUGGAAGAGUUUAUCCAACAACGUCCUAAGGCAUUGGAUAGUGUGGUGACUACUUUGAACAGAAUGAUAGGUUCAUACAAAGAUAUUACCCUUAAUGUUGAUGAGCCUCCCAAGAGAGAUUACUUUUUCUACGAAGAUGUUAAGUUUAGGGAGUUUAAAAUCAUCAAUGAUCGCUUCCGUGAUUUUGAUGACAAGCAUUUGUUUUUAUUGGAAUCCCAAGAUUGUCUUGCUGGGGAGAAGAUUGCUAACACUGAUGAAACGUAUGAGAAUCGUCUUCGUGUCCAAGCUAUCAUUUCGUUUUCCAAAAAGGUAUUGGAACCAUUCAACGUUGUGUUUGCACAAUCUAAGUUUUCAGUGGUGAAGAAAGCCAAGCCCUCAAAGGCAGACCGUAAAAAGUCAAUGACAGGUCAACUAGCAAAGACAAGGGAAAUUAAAGAGAAAACAUCUAAGAAGAAAUCAAAUCGGUCAGGCACACCUAUUUCUAUUUCUGAAAUUAGUGAAAAACUGGUUCCAAUGUCAUCUGAAACAUCUGUAGCCUCAGUUACCGCACCUCCAUCUUCAUCCAUUCCCUAUACGAAUCCAAAUGAAGAGGGCAAUGGUAGAGUUCCUUCAUCUCUUGCGGAGAUUGAAUCGAUGAUUCUUAGUCAUGCAUCGCACGCUCAAACGAUAAUGAACAUUCAAAAGGGAACUGGAGCUCCCUAUGCCCAAGCCGAAGUUGACUUGCUGCGUGAUACUGGUCUUAACAGUAUGGUGAAUGCUUUAGUUGAUGAAGGGCCUUCUGCUUAUGUACCCCCUGCUACUCGAGCCAGUAUCUGGGGUAGCAACAUGUAUGGUGGAAAACCUGUACAAACACCCAUGGCAUUUGGGACUGCUUCAAAUCAAACUGAAGUACAAACCCAACAACAACUUCAACAAUUACUGUUGCACCAACAACAGCAAGAGAUUCAACGCCAACAGCAGCAAUUACAGUUGCAACUUCAACAACUCCAGCAGCAGCAGCAGCAGCAGCAGCAGCAGCAGCAACAACAACCACAACUACAAUUCAGCUCUACAAAGGUGGGCAUAGACGACAACAAUGACGAAAAGACUGCUAAAACUGAAGAAUGUAUGGAUACCUUGUGUGAAGGUCGACAGAUAGUGGGUAACCAUGAUGAAGGGACAAAAGCUCCGAGUUGA